AUGAUGAAAAAUUUCUAAAUAAUAUUUCAUCAAGUCAAUCUCUCAAUGUUGUCGUUAUGCUGCUUGCUGAUUCCAAUACUACUGCUACCUUGCAUGUUGAUUCUAUUGUUCAUAGCAGAGUAAAAAUGGAGCAAGUAGGUAGAGGUGCAUUUUCCGUAGUGUAUAAAACAUCAUAUGAAAAAUAUGAAGAAGUUGCAAUCAAAAUAAUAAAAGAUUCGCACAAAAAUCAAAAGCAUUUUUUAAACGAGUUAAAAGCAUAUCACGAAUUUGAUAAAUACAAAGGCAUAUCAAUGGAUAAAAAUACUGGAGAUUUUAUUUUAGUGUUAAAUUACGCAAGCUUUGG